CGCAUCGCUCUUCCGCUGUAUCCACCCACCGGAGAUGCGGAUGGCGGGGGCGCGCCUCCGCCACCAGGUGGAACCGCGGGCUGGCGAGCCACUGGACCAGUGGACCACAGGAUGAUCCCCCGCAAGACCAUGCCAGCUCAGUGUCCAUCGCGUGCAGUGAUCCGCUAGGCAAUGGUUACCUCCCGGGAACACGUCAUCUCCCACGCCAGCGCCAGCCCGUCGCUCGCUCUGUUGGACGAAGCAGCUGAAGCUGAGCUUUUACUGAUCUGUCCCGAGGCAGGAAGUGUCUCUGCUCCUGAGCACUGACCAGUGUGACUGUAGUUUAAACCACCAGUUCACACGAAGCUAAGUAGUUAGUGCUCUUACCGGUGGACUAAGCAGGAAAAGAGCAUUUCGCCUGGGCUGGUAGGGAAAGCGGCAGGGGGGGGGGGCACGUUGAAAAGGGGCAGUUGCAGGCUCAUCAGCCUUGGAAGGAGAUAGCUCUGGCAACGUGGGGUGGUGUGUGUGAACUGGAGGUUUAAUUCCCAUAUUUGCAGAGUGACAUGGCUUCGAGCUGCAUUGGAAAGACCUGGUGCAGCAGUGCCCGUGUCGGUCUGAGCUUGUCGUCUUGCGUGGCGUCAGUUGCUGGGAAGCGAAACCGAUUUGCGGCACUCCUCCAGAGGGAACAGGGUGGGAGGAAGGUCUCAGUGUCCAGCAGUGUGCGGUCCCAAAGCGAUCCCAUUGGUGGCAUUCAGGAGGGCCUCGUGUGCAAACCUAGUGUCGUAACUGGGGUGCCUUCAGAGUUAGCUCGAAGCCGCAGGCGAGCAGGAAGAACAAGUCAGUACCGCUUCAUCAUGGCUCAGGCUGCCAGCGCAGAUGGCGCUGCUGGCGUGGACUCUUCUGCCACAUUCCCGACUGUCGGAUUCCUCGGGCUUGGCAUCAUGGGGGAGGCGAUGGCUCGGAACCUGGUCAAGGCCGGGUACGAUGUCACGGUUUGGAAUCGAACUGCUAGCAAAUGCGCGUCGCUUGCUACGGAGGGCGCCAAGGUGGGAUUGCUGCCCCGGGAUGUGACCGAAGCCUGCGAUAUAACAUUUGCGAUGCUUGCAGAUCCAACCGGAGCAUUAAGCGUUGCCUGUGGUGAGCACGGUGCUGUCAAGGGGUUAGGUCCUGGGAAGGGUUACGUUGACAUAUCGACCGUCGACGGGGUAACCGCAAUGAAGAUAAACGAGGCCGUGAAAGCGACGGGCGGAGAGUUCCUUGAGGCGCCAGUGUCUGGGUCCAAGAAGCCGGCGGAAGAUGGAACCUUGAUCUUCAUGACAGCCGGGGACAAAGCACUCUACGAACGCGCCUCGCCGGCGUUGGAUGUGAUGGGCAAGGCGCGGUUCUUCCUUGGGGAGGUGGGCAAGGGUGCAGCGAUGAAACUGGUUGUGAACAUGGUGAUGGGUUCGAUGAUGGCGUCGUUCUCCGAAGGACUGGCGCUAGGAGAUAAGAUAGGAUUGGACGCCAACACGCUGCUGGAAGUCAUCUCCUUGGGAGCCAUAAACACGCCUAUGUACACAUUGAAGGGACCGGCGAUGGUCAAAGGGCAGUACACUCCAGCGUUUCCCUUGAAACACCAGCAGAAGGAUCUGAGGCUGGCACUCGCGCUAGGCGAGGAGGUCGUGCAGCCACUGCCUGUGGCCGCAGCAGCCAAUGAGGUAUACAAGCUGGCACGGGCUGCCGGACUAGGUGAUGCGGAUUUCUCUGCUGUGCUUGAGACUGUCAAAUCUCACAGCAGAGGCAGCACUUCAAACGACCAUUGAUUCCAUCUGCUAAUGGAGUCUAUUUUUAUUUUUAUUUUUAUUUUUGCGUAGGCUCACGUGGGAGGUUUGGGUUGAAUAUGCUACGCCUCCUUGGAGAAGAGAAGAAUCAUUCAGAAGAUUUGCGAGCGAGCGAACUGUCACCUGAACUGCAUUUGUUCAUGCAACUAAAGGUCAUUAACAAGCUGUACAACCAGGCAUGACUCCCCACAUAUUCUCUGUGCAUGUGUGUGUGUGUGUGUGUGUGUGUGUGUGUGUGUGUGUGUGUGUGUGUGUGUGUGUGUUGUCAUGUCUGCUAUACACAACUCCACACAAAAAAGCAUGACUAUGCCAGAAUGUUUCGUCCAACUUUCACUGACUCAUCAGGAGGUUUGAGCCAUGACAGGCUGCCCAGGAUGCAUCGGACCGAUGGCAAGGACUUGCCACGUCGUGCAGAGCUAAUCAAUACCCCUGAUGAAAAUGCUGGACUCUUACUCACUGUCGGUCUUGCAUGUGUGUGUGUGUGUGUGCGUGCACGCAUGUGUGUGUGUGUGUGUGCGUGCACGCAUGUGUGCAUGUGUGUGUAUUCUUAUAUUUGCUAACUUAACUUUUCCAUGUGGUUGAACCUAAAAGUCUUCAUUUGGCUGAACAUACUGUCGUUAAGGCAUCUGUACAGCUUCUUCCAGAUGAUGCCUCGCAUCAUCACAUGCUGUGUGUGGGUAUCGGUGGGGAAUGGACUCUUCCCGUGCUAUCAGCAUGGGGAACCAAAGUAGAGAAGGGACGGAGGGGGGGGAGAUGGGUUUGCAUAACGCAAUGGGGGUUUGUAUGGUGGUAUUCUUCUUGACUUGUGGCUCUACAGGUCCUUAAGGCGGAAGAUGAGAGCUGUUCUUAUUUGGUUUUGGUUGUUUGUCGGCAAGCGUGUUGAGACCUUCCUUUCAGGGUUUUAGUGCAAUGUGUCUGUGGCACGGAGGAGGUGGCUCAGGUCAUGACGUUGGUGUGUGAGAUGAGGAGGGGUAUAUGGUUGUAUUUAUGCAUGUGCCAGAAGGUGGGGCAGAAAGAGGAAAUAGAUGGAGAAGA